CAACACCAUCGCCAUGCCUCCACGAUUGAAUCUGUACGGCGCAAGCCGAUCACUUGCUGUCCGUUCACGACCAUCAAUUGCUUCAUAUCAAUCACGAGUUUCUCCGGUCAUCUCAAGGAGAGCAUUCGCUGACGAGAAAACCCCUCCCACUGGCCCGAAUGAAGAAACCCUUGGACAUGUCAGCGAGGAAGCUGCAGAUAUGAGCAAAAUUACCGGAGAGACUGGACCAGAUUUGGGACAAGGAACACCUGUGCAGGAGAUCAUUGAGCGUGACCAAGAGAGUAAAGAGAAAGCGCCUGAGAUUGUCAAAGAGGAGAUUGAGAAGAGUAAAACCCAAGCCGAUGCCGCAGACACAACAUCUUUCGCCAAUUUACUGGCACUGGGUCAAUUGCAAAACGUAGCGACAGGAGGACAUGCAUCCGACCCAGUAAACCUAGGACACAAAUUCGGCCUGCCAGACUUACCACUGCCAUCAAAUGGGAAUCUUAAGUACAGAUACGAUCCCGUUGUAUCGCAGGUCACGACGCUUCUCAUGCAGCAUGGCAAAUUGAGCGCUGCCCAGAGGAACAUGUCCCUCAUCUUAAACCAUCUCCGAACCGCCCCUCCCCCGACUACCAGCUCAGCUCACCCUCUCCUGCCAGGUACAGCUCCUCCUAACCACCUCCCGUUGAAUCCCGUCGGCUAUCUCACCGCUGCAAUUGACUCUGUCGCGCCUCUCCUUCGAAUCAAGUCCAUAAGGGGUGCUGCUGGUGGAGGAGCCGCCUUGCAGAUCCCCAAACCCCUUGGUCUGAGACAACGGAGACGGCAAGCUGUUCAAUGGAUACUAGACGCAGCCAACAAAAAGAAAUCGAGAAGUAGCGGAAGAGGACAAUUCGCUCAGCGGUUUGCAGAUGAGAUUAUCAGCGUGGUGGAAGGGAAGAGUUCUGUUUGGGAGAAGCGGUUGAUGGUUCACAGGACGGGGACGUCGGCAAGAGCAAAUCUGAUGAAAAAGACUUACAGGAAGAGGAUGUAGCGGAGGGGUGUUUAAGGCAACAUGUCUAUGCUUGGGAUGUAUCAUAGUGUAUUCUGGCGAAAAGGAAUGGAUGGCAUAGAGAGGCAAAGGAAAAAAUGCUUGUGCCAAUAACACAUUAUCUGUGGCUGGUGGUCUUGUGAAGAUUGGCGGUGAGGACGGCACCUUGACGUCUCUUUCCGUCCCAGGAACAGCAAUCUUCCGGAAUUAUUGCCGACGAUCUAACAUUGGUCAAAAAGAGACUACGCACCGCUGCUCUGCACAGAAGCCUGUCGAUGUGCAAUGGUACAGCGGCACGUGUAGUGUGUAUUGGAGAUUCACCAACUGCAUUGAUGCAGACGCUAGCGGUAAAGCAAGUGCUGCAGCUCGCCACGGUGCUUCUAUCAUAUAUCAAACUCUCUGUUCAAUCUCUGUUUGAAGUUCUUGUCUCUGCUGCCGUCUCUGGUGUUGUUGUUGACAUGAUCCAGAUCCGGUACCCGGAUGCCAAGAGCGAGGGAGACGACGAUAGAGGAACAUACUAGGGAGAUGGCCUAGAUGUCUGCUGUUUCCACGUUGUUAGGUACGGGACUUAGUCGCGUUGUCUUCCUUCCGCAUUAUCCUAGCUGGGCUUGGAGACUGUAUCCACAUUCAAAGUGGCUCCAUUCAGCUUCCGGAUAUCUUGGGAGAGCCUGGUAAGGGAUGGAGUUGCAGAUGCAAACGGCUCCUCACCCCACCAUUCCCCCUCACAUGUAAUACCCACUUCGUGAUGCUUGGGUGAGUACUAUCCCACGAAUUGGAAUCUAUCGCGGAAAGGAAGAGGGUCGUUUGGCCCAGUCAUACUGUAUUUCAGCUGGUCUAGGUCUGGGCCAAGCAGGAUCUCUCUGCAUGCUGGCUUGGAAGAGAGGGUAAGCUUCUGUGUGAGGCCGAUGUGCCGCGAGAUGGGGCCGGGUGAGAAGUGAUAUUGGAUAUUUGGUUGGCAAUUCCGAGGGGGAGAUAAGGAAGGAACUUGGCGGUGGUGCUGCGCCCGUCUUGACUUGCAGUUAUCGCUUGCUUUUGAUGUGAUGCCAAGGGAGAUGUGGGCAUAGGUUUAUGAAGAAAGUUUCGACAGGUGGAUUGGGAAUGCGGGCAGAACAUACGAGGUACAUAGCUUGCCGUAUUAUUGUAUGUUUCGGCCUUCGGAAUAGUACAGUAUGGAAAGUCUAACUGUGAUUCUUGAAAAUGAGCACCUCUUCGGAAGAUUCUGUGUUGCACUGCUUCUACGGUGAAGAACUCAUUCAUCACUACGAGUAUAAGUACCUUUCUCGGUACCAUGUCUGUCGGCUGUGGCAGCUCAAAGACAAGACGGAACGCCGCAACUUUGUGGGGUCGGGGAGGGGCAUCUCUUGGCGCAUGUGGUACUCGUACAUAGGUACAGAAUAGGUAGCUUCCAUCCAGGUUGCAUUAGGGGCUACCUAAGGUAGGGACAGUAUCAUGAAUGCGAUAAUUGUGCUGAAAAGAUGUCUUUCAGUGCUCGUUGGAGCUGCCACUACCAGCUCAGAGACAUAACUUCUAUCGAUCUGGCGAUUGCAGUGCCGGAUAGUCUGGUGCAUAAGUAAAUUACCA